CUCAACUCUUUGAUCCAAUAUUUAGAAUAACUAAUACUUCGAAUGAUCCAAUUCUACCAUACAUUCUUCCAUCUCCAUGCGGAGGAGAAAAGAUGCAAGGCUCAAUUCAGCUUCAGCUGGAGUUCAGGCUGGGCCAGCGAGUCCACUUUGUCGGUGAUCCCCGACGUGUCGGAACAGUGGCUUUCGUAGGAACCCUGGAAGGAUAUUCAGGAACCUGGAUCGGAGUGGAUUGGGACGACAGCAAUGGCAAGCACGACGGCUCCAUCAACGGGGUCCGGUAUUUCCAGGCAAAGUCAGAACGAUCUGGCUCUUUUGUUCGGGCUCAGAAUCUGAGUUUCGGCGUUUCGCUUCUCCAAGCGUUGGAGCUCAGAUAUAGAGGCGACUCUACCAAAGAAGAAGAGGAUGAAAUGUACGUACUCUCAGCCAGUGACAAGCGUGUAUCUGUUCAAUUCGUGGGUAAAGACCUUAUUAAAGACAAGCUUAGUCGUUUUGAGGAGUUAACUAGUGUAUCGCUGUCUUAUAUGGGUGUUAGCUCUCCUGGAAAUCCAUGUCAGAUUGGCUCUGUCUUGCCAAACGUAAAGCAGCUCGACCUUACUGGAAAUUUGCUAUCAGAUUGGAAGGAUAUUAGCAUCAUUUGUGACCAAUUACAAGCUCUUGUAGCCCUCAUUUUAUCGAACAACUUAUUGUCACGUGAUAUCUCAGGGCCUGUUCAAUUGAAUCACAUUCGUAUUUUAGUUCUAAACAAUACUGGAAUAACUUGGAUGCAGGUUGAAACACUUGAACAUUCUCUGCCAACAAUCGAAGAACUACAUCUGAUGGGAAAUAAAAUAAGCACAGUAACGCCAGAAUCAUCAUCCCCUAUGGUCCAAGGAUUUAAUCUUCUGCGACUUCUGAAUCUGGAAAAUAACUGUAUAGCUGAGUGGAGCGAAAUAUUGAAACUGGGUCAAUUAAGAAGCUUGAAGCAGAUUCAGUUGAAUAACAACAAAUUGAGUCGUAUAUUUUAUCCUAGCUUGGAUGAAUUACACAAGUUAUUUGGAGAUGUUGAACCACAAGGAGACUGUUUUCCAUUCCGAAAUUUGCGAAACCUCUUUCUUGGAGGCAACAACAUCGAUGAUUUGGCCUCUAUCGACUUUUUAAACUCGUUUCCUCAGUUGAUUGACAUCAGGCUAUCAGAGAAUCCAAUAGCUGAUCCCAUGAGGGGUGGGAUUCCCAGAUAUGUUUUAAUUGCGCGAUUGUCUAAAGUUCAAAUAAUCAAUGGGAGUGAGGUAACUCCUCGUGAAAGAAGAGACUCUGAAAUACGCUACGUACGCAUGGUUAUGUCAAAGUUGGAUAGCAAUCCUGAGGAAACAUUAAGGCUACAUCCUAGGUUUGAAGAGCUUAAGAGGUUUUAUGGGAUCGAAGAUAAUAGGGUAUCGGUCGGAGCUGGUGGACCUCAGAAACUGGCAUCUGGGCUCAUAUCAAUCACCCUGAAUUGCGUGGGAGCAUCAAUCGGGGAGAAGCCACCAUUGACAAAGAAAUUACCACUCACUACUACAGUUGGCAAGUUAAAGAUGCUUUGUGAAAGCUUUUUCAAAUUAAAAUGUAUGAGGCUAAAGUUGUAUCUUCAAGAACAGGAUUCCCCCGUGCCGAUACCGCUCGAGGACGAUAUGGCAUCUCUUAUGGAUCUUGGGGUUGCUAAUGGAUCCAACAUUCUUGUGGAUGAAGAGAGUUGAAGGAAAUAAACCCCCCAUAGGUUCUUCAAUUUUUUUCCUUUUUCCUUCUUUCUGGCAUUCCCAUGAUUCCUGCUCCCCAGAUUUGGAAGAUGUUUUUAAUUGUUGGUUCUCUACCGGAUGUUCUUAUAUCAUUUGACCAAGAUUCACAGCUUAAACAAAUCGUGAAAUCACACUGAAUUGCCUGAUCUUCUAUUCUA